GAUAUCUUGAAAAUUCCGGCAAAUGCCUACGCUCCUCCACCCUAUUACUGUUCUAACACCAACGGAAAUGUCAAUACAACUACAGCUGAUGCUGUUACUACCAAUACGACUAUUACUUCUGCUACUACGGCUAAUACUACUACUACUAAUACUAAUACUAGUACUACAACUAGUGUGAUAUCAGCAGUUACAACAACUAACAAGGAUGAUACCCAAAUUAAUAAUGCAUCAUCGAAUGCUCACUCUUCUUGUUAA